AUGAGGGACAUUCUCAAUCUUGGUCUUAGCUAUACCAAGGAUGGUAAUUGGUUUACUGGUCGCGGUUUUGUCACUCUAAAUAGGGACAAAUUAAAGAAUUAUGCAGCUGAACUUACCCCUCAGAUCCAGUUUGGGAAUUUCAAGGAGAAGCUACAUUUGGUUUGGAGUAACAUGAACCCAAUUUGUCAAGACUGCCACACUGAUGAUCAUAUCAAAGCUGAUUGUCCUCGAACAAAGAGGAAAGCAUGUUUCCGAUGCGGAAGCUUGGAACAUCUCAUCGCCGGGUGCCCAUUAGCUUCAUGGAAUAGAGUGAAGAAAACUAAUGAUCACAACAAACAAGGUCAACAUCGCCAGCAAGAGAAUGUUGCCCAACCUAAACCUAUAGGUAGAAAGGUUGACCUUUUAGAUCUAAUGAAUGUGGACCCUCCUAAGUACCUCAACCACAAGAAGGGGAAAAGGAAGGCUACAUCCCUUUCGUCGAAAUCCCCAAGCGAUGAUGAGGCACUUUCCAAGGGGGAAGUAUCUUCAGCAGACGAGCCAGAGUCUGAUUCCGACGCUGAAAACGUCCAAGGGCAUUCAACUAACUUGAACGACAGCAAGGAUAUGCAAAUGGAAGAGGUUUUUGAUAACAGGGAUCAGGAGGAGAUGAAUGAAUCUCAAGUUGGUGCAUCUCAGGAAAGUGACUCCCAUGAUGGUGAAUCUCAGGAUGGUGAAUCUCAGGUUGCUGAAUCCAAGGGUCGGAAAUCUCAGGCCGGUAGCCUCUCACAAGAGGAUGCUCCCAAUGGACAUCUCGAGGAGGAGGACAAUAAUUCCUUUGGUGAUGAGGAGUAUGUCAAGUCUACUAGCGAGGAAGAUAGCGAUGGGGAAUCUCCUAAGAAGAGUGUAGAUGAACCUACUGAGGAACAUCCCAAGCGAUCUAUUGAUGAACUGGCUUCUGCCCCUCCAGUAGAGGACAGCGAAGGUCCUAGCAAAAAGCAGAUUAAACAGCAAGAGACUAAUGCCAGAGAUGAAAUGGUCUUGGAUGGACCAUCAACUACAAACACAUUAUAA